AUGAUCAGCGAAGUGGCAUACAUUGAACUGAUGAAAAAUUGCUCAAAAUGGAACGAAAGGGCCAGCAAUGAGCGCAGAGCGAGAAUGCGUUAUCCAUUUUUUGACCAACAAACGGGUACAGCUCAUCGCUUCAAUCCGGUGUUUUAUCGCUCCCCGUCUCAACGUGCUACAUCUACUGAUCCGAAUAUUGUUGUGCAAUACACGACCCAACGAUGGCGUCGUAGACAGUCUGCCAAUUCAUCGGAUGCUAUCGAAAUGAAGAUGUUCCUUCGAGAUAAUCCAGCGCUUGAUGCUGCUCUCAAUACGACAACGUCAACAACUCAAUCCGAGUCAACAGAACCUGGGUUUGAUUAUGGUCAAGGAAAAGGAACGCCAAAGGGUCUCUUUGAUUACACUGAAGAAGGAGAUGAGGACGGAUCGAACGAUGAUGGCGGUAGUGAUGAAGAUGAUUGGGGUUCGAAGCGGAAAAGUCGCAAAGCUCAAAGCAGUUCGUCUGGUGGCGGAAGCAGCUCAAAAAACAAGAAGAAGGCGAGUGACUCCUCGAGAGGAGGGCGAAGUAGCGCCGCGGCAGCAAGUGCGGCGCAGGACGCGGCGGAUGAAACGAUGAAUUACCACUGCAAAUUGUGCGCAGCGUCCUACAAGAGUCUCGCGGGCUUAGCCUAUCACAAAGCUUUUCAACAUAACAUGCCCUUACCUUCUGGUGUGAACGUAGAAAUCUCCUCUCACCUUGAAACAUCUUCGAUCUGUGAUUUGUGUCUUGGCAGUAAACACAUGAACAAGAAGACGAAGAAAGCUGAGGAGCUUGUUGUAUGUCAUGACUGCGGAAGAUCUGGUAGGUUCUUGACGCAUCCCACUUGCCUUAAUUUCAACGACAACGUUCCUGUCAUCAUAAAACGUUACGGAUGGCAGUGUAUUGAAUGCAAGAGUUGCACGAUUUGUGGACUUCGGAGAAUGACGUACCCGUUGCUCGAAAGCUUUUUGGACCUAAAAUGUUACCGACCUCAACUCAGUUGUAGGGACAAACUGCUCUUCUGUGAUGAUUGCGACCGCGGUUACCAUACGUACUGUUUCAAUCCGGCCAUGAAGAGCCUGCCGGAGAACGAGUACUCGUGCGAGUUGUGCAUCAGAACGUUCGGUACUCAUGCCAGCGCUGCGCCAAAAACAACCAAAGCCAAUUAG